GUAAUAGCAAUAUGUACUUGUUCCUUUUCUAGCGCCAAGUUACUCGCUGCAAUCCUUUAGCGUGCCAAACUAAAAAGACAGAGUCGCCUUCCAACUCGACUACGCUUUUGCCCCAUUCCGGAGUCGUUUUGCCUCGUCUGUUCUUGAGUUCUUGUCCUACAACUUUAGCGCGUCGACACAGAAACGCCAGGAAGUGGCACGCCGCGUUUGAACCUCUCACGUUGCGCCGCUCGCAUGGCGCAGCUGCGGGCGACUUCGGGCGGCUUUUAGAUCGGCGGCCUGCCGACUGCAGCUCAUGGCCGGACUCCUGGCUAACAGGCCCAUCGACAAGGCCCGCUCAGACGCCGACGACGGCGGCCCCGGCCUCCCCCGCCCCACCGCGACCGCUCAACCCGCCAUGUUUGCCUUCACCUCGCAAGCCCCCGGCGCCGUGCGGCCCUACCUGCUGCUGGGCGCCGCGCCGCACGAGGCCGACUACAUGCUGCUGAAGAAGCUGGGCGUGACGCACAUCCUGCAGGUGGGCAAGGAGCUGCGGCCCACCUUCCCCGACCGCUUCACCUACUGCCGCCUGGCGCUGGAGGACUGCGAGCAGGAGGACCUGGUGGGUGCACUGCCCGUGGCCUUUGCCUUCAUUGACGCCGCUCGGGAGGAGGGCCGGCGGCGGCAGGAGGAGGCGGAGGAGGAGGCAGCGGCGGCGGCGGCGGCGGCGGCGGCUGGUGCGGGCGCCGCCCCUCCUCCCACUGCGGCCGCCGCCUCCGCCUCCUCCUCGGCGGCGCCGUGUGUGGUGCUGGUGCACUGCAUGGCUGGCAUGAGCCGCUCCGCCUCGGUGUGCGUGGCCUACCUCAUGGCAGACCGCGAGGAGCGGGAGCGCGCGGAGCGGCGCGACAGCGAGCGGCGGCAGCGCCACGCCGCGGCCGCCACGCCGGCGCGCCUGCAGGCGGUGGCAGCCGCCGACUCGGCCGCCGCCUCGCCCUCCGGCUCCGCCACCUCCUCGCCAUCGGCCCUGCCGCGGCCCGCCUCCUCCUUCUCCUCCUCCACCGCCCCCUGGGGCUACGAGGCGGCCUUCCGAGUGGUGAAGGCGGCGCGGCCGUGCGUGUACCCCAACCUGGGCUUCCUGCUGCAGCUGUGGGAAUGGGAGGCGGGAGGCUGCGGCCGCACCGCCGCCGAGCUAACGGCGCAGCAGUGGGCGGGCUGGAACAAACAUCGCUUCGCAGAGCGACUGGCAGCGUACAGGAAGGCCCAGGUCGCGGCCGGGCUGCACCCCGCGGUGCGCGUCAAGCUGCCCCUGGAGCCGCCGCCGCCGCCGGCAGCAGCAGCAGCAGCAGCAGCGGAGGCGGAGGCGGGAGAUGCAGCAGCAGCAGCAGCGGCGGCUGCAGUGGUGCCGGAGGCCCCACAGGUGGCGGAGGCGCCGGCGGGCCCAUCGGAGGCGGCGGGAGUGGGGGCACAGGCCGGCGUGUCCGCGGCAACGGCUGAGCUGCGGGAUGUGGAGUUGCAGCCCCAGACCCAGACCCAGGCGCAACUGCAGGCGCAGGUGCUUCGGGCGGCGGAGGAGGUUGCGGCUGCGGCUGUUGUAGAUCCGGAGUUGGGUGGCGGCGGCGGCGGCGGCGGUCUGGGUGGCGGCGGCGGCGGCUGGGUAAUGGGUGGGCCGCUGCCGGGCACUGCGGCGGCGGAGGCCCGCGCGUCGAGUGCGGUGGUGGUGGGGGUGGUGUGAGGGGAAGCGCAUGACACGUGACCGGUUCGUGGGGAGGGGCGACGGGGGUUCGCGUGGUUGUGCAUGCGCGCGCGCUGUGUAUUGGCACUGGGUUGUGUGGCACGGGUGGGGCUGCUGCUUGCCCACGUGGUGCGACGGCGGCAGGAGAUCUUUUCGGCGGCGGCAGAUAACACCGCAAUGCAUGCAUGCAUGUCUGGCAUUAUUGCAAGAAGUUGAGUUUGGUUUAAUGGUUCCUCGGUUGGUGUCGGACAUGUCGGUCGGGGGCCGCGCGGUCUACUUCUCACCCCGCCGCCAUGCGAAGUCAUUAGCGUGCCACCUUACGAGACAGAGAUACGGUAUUGUUGGAAGAGUUUUGCAGGUCCAUGGUUUUUGUCUCACGCCGCUCAAAGUGGUUGUGUGGUGUCUCGACGUAUCGAAGUGAUCAGGUCGUUUACAGGAGCUUACCGUAGACGGACUCCAUAUUGCAUUGCUGGCGACUGUGCGUGAGUCAGGGGACUGGCGUGAGUCGCCCCUUGGAGGUGGGGGCUGGGGACGUCGUGCGGGUGUGUGGAGCGGGGUGUGGCAUAGCCGGAGCCAGACCAGGACAUAACUCGGGGGCACCAUCAUGCACACACACAUAAACACACACACACACGCACACACACACACACACACACACGCACACACACAUUCUCCCAUACAAACGCGCGGUGGCGACUCGUUCUAUCAGCCCUUUCAUGAUGCACACACAUUUGCUCAGGUCCACGGGUGGCGCGGGCGCGGCUUGGCUGCAGGUAGUGAUGGGGGUGUGCUUGUUGAAAUGUGACAUUUUGAAUUGCAACCUGGCACAACGCGUGCUGCUUCCACUUCCACGUCGCCUUCGGAUGGGUCUUCGGAUGGGUCAUAGUACGGUAUGCAAGACACCUUGCAAGGCAUAAGACGCUUGAAGAUGAUGAUCAUCAUAAUGAUAAAUGGUAGCUCGUCAGAGUGCCAGGGCGGCAGGUGGGCCGCACGUGACACAUCCACUCGGACUUACCCACAUAGGCCGCCGGCCUCGGCGGGGAAGGGGUCUUGGUAGGCUGGCAACACAGCCGUGGCGGCCAGCAGGCGGGCGGGGGGGUGGGGUGGGGGUUCUGCCGGGGCGGCGGCACAAGCUCCACACACUACCGUGCCUGGAGCCUGAGGGCGAAACAACCAUGUGGGUACUGGUGGUAUGUGUGUACGGCAUGUGUUGCCAUGGGGGCCUGGGGUUCCCCUGAUGGGGGGCAUGUGUGAGUUCGGAGUCGCGGAGUGGGAUUGUUCAAAGCUCACGUGUCAGUGUGAGCGGACGGUAGUUCUACGCCGCACAAAUAUUACAACCCUGCGGAACA